AGGGGCUGUGUGCUCCGCAGCCUGUUUGUUUUGGUUCCACGUGGAGCCAGCGGCUGGAGCGGCCCGGUGAAGCCAUGGCUGCUGCGAAUCCAGCAAAAACUCUCCAGGAUGAGGUGACCUGUCCCAUCUGUCUGGAAUAUUUUAAAGAUCCGGUGUCUCUAGACUGUGAUCACAGUUUCUGCCGAGCCUGCAUCACCCAGUGCUGGGGGAGAUUCGCUUCAGACAUUUCCUGCCCUCAGUGCAGAGAGAUCUUUCCCCAGAGGAACCUCAGGCCAAACAGGCAGCUCAGGAAUAUUGUGGAAGCAGCCAGAGAACUCAGGUUGCAGACAGUGAAGGAACCAGAGAGACUGUGUGAGAAACACAAGGAGCCUCUAAAACUGUUCUGCAAAGAGGAUGAAAUCCCCAUCUGCCUGGUGUGUGACAGAUCCAAGCAGCACAGAGAUCACACCGUCAUUCCUGCAGAGGAAGCUGUGGAAGAAUUCAAGGAACAGAUUCAGGACCAUUUGCAGACUCUGAGGGAAAAGACAGAAAAGCUGCUGGGAUGUAAAGUGAGAGGAGAGAAGAGAAUCCAGGAAUACCUGCGAAAGACACAAACCGAGAGAAAGAAGAUUGUGUCUGAAUUUCAGCAACUGCGGCGGUUCCUGGAGAAACAAGAGCGACUCCUGCUGGCCCAGCUGGAGAAGCUGGACAAGGAAGUAGUGAAGAUACAAAAAGAAAAUAUCACCAAACUCUCAGAGGAGAUUUCCCAUCUCAAUGAGCUGAUCAGUGAGAUGGAGGGGAAGUAUCAGAAGCCAGCAAAUGAAUUCCUGCAGGAUGUCAGAAGCACCCUCAGUAGCCGCAAGAAGGGGAAGUUCCAGGAGCCAGAGGAGAUUUCUCCUGAACUGGAAGUGAGACUCAGUGAUUUCUCCCAGAAAACUGUUGCUCUAAUGGAGACUCUGAGGAAGUUCAAAGACACUCUGCCGUCUGCACUGGAAAAAAAAAGAGGGGAAUCCGUAGGAGCACACAGACAGGCGAAUGUGACUCUGGAUCCAGACACGGCUCAGCCCCACCUCGUCCUGUCUGAGGAUCGGAAACGUGUGAGAUGGGGAGACACGCGGCAGCAACUGCCCAACAACCCUGAGAGAUUUGACUAUUUGCCCUAUGUGCUGGGCUGUGAGGGAUUCACCUCGGGGAGACAUUGCUGGGAAGUGGAUGUGGGGAGUGGGCCAUAUUGGGCUGUGGGGGUGGCCAGAGAGUCUGUGGAGAGGAAGGGAGUGAUCAACCGUAGCUCUAAGGCGGGGAUCUGGGCCCUGGAGUGGUACUGCGGUCAGUUCCGGGCUCUCACUUUCCCUGUGACCCCCCUGCCCCAGGGCUGGUUCCCCAGCAGGAUCCGGGUUUGUCUGGACUGUGACCGGGGGCAGGUGACAUUUAUCGAUGCUGGUGACGAGGCCCCGAUCUUCACUUUCCCGCUGGGCUCCGUCUCUGGGGAGAGAAUCCGACCCUGGCUCUGGGUGGGGUCAAGAUUCUGGCUCAGCCUGUGUCCCUGAGAUACGGGUGGGGGGUGGGGGAAUAUCCCACUGGGACCCUGAAAUCAGCCUCUCUAGCCUCACACGCCCUAGUCUCUAUGACCUCUCCUUGUGGACUUUCUAUCACACCAUCUCUCUGACCCUGGAGGUUGCUUCCGGUCUCAACUCUGUGCAGCCCCUGGACUGUCAAACCAUAGAGAGCAUUGAGUGAGUCAGAUAGAGAAGCCAAUCUCAUCACUGCCCCAGGGAUUGUGCAGCCUGUUUGCCACUGUCCUCUAUGAUACAGGAGGACUCUGGGGAUCCUGGGUCAGACAGUGUGACUGAGGCAUAGGGAGGAAAAGCCCACUGGGAAUGAAACUUGGGAUGAAAAAAUGGGAUUCUCUAGCCACAGUCAUCCUAAUUUCUAUGACUUGGGGGAUUCCCAUCUACCCAGCAUUCUGGCUCAUCUCUAUGCCUCUUGUGCACCCCUGUCUAUCCAACCCCCACCUCUCCCCCAUACCUCAUCUCUGUGGCCCCAGGAAGCCCCCCCCCCCUUCAUAGAAUCAUAGAAGAUUAGGGUUGGAAGAGACCUCAGGAGGUCAUCUAGUCCAAUCCCCUGCUCAAAGCAGGACUAACACCAACUAAAUCAUCCCAACCAGGGCUUUGUCAAGCCAGGCUUUAAAAACGUCUAAGGAUGGAGAUUCCACCACCUCCCUUGGUAACCCAUUUCCAUGCUUCACCACCCUCCUAGUGAAAUAGUGUUUCCUAAUAUCCAACCUAGACCUCCCCCACUGCAACUUGAGACCAUUAUUCCUUGUUCUGUCAUCUGCCACCACUGAGAAUAGCCAAGCUCCAUCCUCUUUGGAACCCCCCUCAGGUAAUUGAAGGCUGCUGUCAAAUCUCCCCUCACUCUUCACUUCUGCAGACUAAAUAACCCCAGUUCCCUCAGCCUCUCCUGAUAAGUCAUGUGCCCCAGCCCCCUGAUCAUUUUCGUUGCCCUCUCUCCUAUUUGUUCACAUCCUUUCUGUAGUGGAGGGCCCAAAACUGGGCGCAAUACUCCAGAUGUGGCCUCACUAGUGUCGAAUAGAGAGGAAUAAUCACUUCCCUCCAUCUGCUGGCAAUGCUCCUACUAAUGCAGUCCAAUAUGCCAUUAGCCUUCUUGGCAACAAGGGCACACUGCUGACUCAUAUUUAGCUUCUCACCCACUGUAAUCCCCAGGUCCUUUUCUGCAGAACUGCUGCUUAGCCAGUCGGUCCCCAGCCUGUAGCGGUGCAUGGGAUUCUUAUGUCCUAAGUGCAUGACUCUGCACUUGUCCUUGUUGAACCUCAUCAGAUUUCUUUUGGCCCAAUCCUCCAAUUUGUCUAGGUCACUCUGGACCCUAUCCCUACCCUCCAGCAUAUCUACCUCUCCCCCCAGCUUAGUGUCAUCCACGAACUUGCUGAGGGUGCAAUCUAUCCCAUCGUCCAGGUCAUUAAUAAAGAUGUUGAACAAAACUGGCCCCAGGACCAACCCCUGGGGCACUCUGCUUGAUACCGGCUGCCAAUUAGACAUCGAGCCGUUGAUCACUACCCGUUGAGCCCGACAAUCUAGCCAGCUUUCUAUCUACCUUAUAGUCCAUUCAUCCAAUCCAUACUUUUUUAACUUGCUGGCAAGAAUACUGUGGGAGACCGAAUCAAAAGCUUUGCUAAAGUAAAGAUAUAUCAUGUCCACAGAGCCAGUUAUCUCAUCAUAGAAGGCAAUCAGGUUGGUCAGGCAUGACUUGCCCUUGGUGAAUCCAUGUUGACUGUUCCUGAUCACCUUCCUCUCCUCCAAGUGCUUCAAAAUGGAUUCCUUGAGUACCUGCUCCAUGGUUUUGCCGGGGACUGAAGUGAGGCUGACCGGUCUUUAGUUCUAUUUCUUCCUUUUUUUAAAAUAUGGGCACUAUAUUUGCCUUUUUCCAAUCGUCCGGGACCUCCCCCGAUCUCCACGAAUUUUCAAAGAUAAUGGCCAAUGGUUCUGCAAUCACAUCAGCCAACUCCCUCAGCACUCUUGGAUGCAUUAGAUCUGGACCCAUGGACUUGUGCAUGUCCAGCUUUUCUAAAUAGUCCUUAACCUGGUUUUUCACCUCUGAUGGCUGUUCACUUCCUCCCCAUACUGUGUUGCCCAGGACAGCAGUGUGGGAGCUGACCUUGUCUGUUAAGACGGAGGCAAAAAAAGCAUUGAGUACUUCAGCUUUUUCCACAUCGUUGGUCACUAGGUUGCCUCCCCCAUUCAUUAAGAGUCCCACACUUUCCCUGACCAUCUUCUUGUUGCUAACAUAUUUGUAGAAACCCUUCUUGUUACGCUUCACAUCCCUUCCUAGAUGCAACUCCAAUUGUGUUUUGCCCUUUCUGAUUACACCCCUGCAUGCUCGAGCAAUAUUUUUAUACUCCUCCAUAGUCAUCUGACCAAGUUCCCACUUCUUGUAAGCUUCCUUUUUCUGUUUAAGCUCACCAAAGAUUUCACUGUUAAGCCAAGCUGGUCCUCCCUGCAACACCAGGGAUGGGAACGGGAGGGGGAAGAACCUCUGGAGCUGCAGAAGGAGCUGAGGGGCACAUGUGGGGGCUGCAGGAUCGAAACUGAGGGCGGGGUAGGGACCAGAAGUGAUGUGGGGUUGGGGGAAGAAUUAACAGCUGGACUGGGGACAGGCAGAUGCAGGGGUGGCAGGGACACAGACUAAAUUAAUUAGGAUUUGGGGGUUUGGGGAGAAACUGGAGGCUCCACAGCAGCAGAAAGUCUUGGAGAGGGAGACCCAGAGACGGGGGAGUGUGACCUACAGGCCCCCAGGGAAGGGAUGUUGUGGAGAAAUGGAGUUGGGAGUGGGGAGAUGUCACCUGGAUGAAGAAGAGGUGGCUGUGCAGAGAGGAGAGUCAGGUACAGGGCAGGUUUCACCAGAAGGGAGAGAAGAAAUGAAAUGGGAAAAGGUGAAAAUAAAGUAAAACAAGAGUAAGGAGAGAAGCCUGGAGAAAAUGGGGGAAGCUGAAAUGAGAAGAGUGAAAGCAAAACCAUCCUGAGAAGGGAAACGCUCAGCAGACACCGAGAGGGGAGGGGAUAAAUUCAUCAGAGGAAACUGGGCAUCUCAGAUGGAAUGAUCUGUGACAUGGAUUAGAGCAGAGUUAGGCCAGGGGUUCUCACAACAAAUUUUUUGAUGGCCUCAGAGUGUGGCUCUUGCUGGUGGCCGCACUGACACUUUUUCCUAAAAUGCUUAAUUAACUUUAGGGAAAACAAAUAAAUAUGCACACGUACACAUCCAAA